AAUAAUAGUUUCUCGUACUUAGAAAUGCUCUGUAAAUGUGGAAAAAAUGCUAAUCAUUACGAGACAAAAAAAGAAGGUCCUAAUAAAGGGCGCUGGUUUUACUCUUGCCCUCUUAGAAAAUGUGGCUUUUUUCUUUGGGACGGUCCCUCUUCCUCUUCAAAAACAUCAAGUCAAUCCGUAACAUCUGCCCCGAGGCCUCAAAAAUCUACAAAUUUCUCUUCGACUAGUACAAUCUCCAAUAAUUCGUCAGCCGAAACUCCCACAAGCAGUUCAAGGAUCCUUCCUAAUUGGGGCAAGCAAACUGUUCAGCCAAAUAAUGCCCAGAAAAUUAAACAAUUAGUCCCUCAGCAGGAUAAAGUAGAUAUAUACUUUAGUAUUUUCGACAAAAAUAAAUUCAUUGUACGUGGUUAUCAUCAAAAACUAGUAUCAUUAUGGAAAGAAGUGCCAAAUUCUCUUUUUAAUGUGUCAGAACGAGGUUGGGUGAUGCCACUAUCACAGUACCAGAAUUGUAUGCAAAAAUUAAGGAAUGUCAAGGAUGUAAAAAUGAAUAUCAACGAAUUUCCACCAUACGUUGUCAAAUUAUUUUGUGGCAUAGAUGAGAUUGAGGCUAAACGAAAUGAAGCUGUGCGCGAGAUUCAUGAAAAAAUCCCAUCUGAGCUAUGGGAUACAUUGAUGAAUUUUCAGAAAGAAGGUGUGACUCAAGCGAUAAUGAGGAAUGGCCGUAUUUUGCUUGGUGAUGAGAUGGGACUCGGGAAAACUAUUCAGGCUCUUACUAUCUGCAAGUUUUACGAAUCUGAAUGGCCAGUUCUGAUUAUUUGUCCAUCAAGUUUAAGAUUAACAUGGAGCAGUGAAAUUCAAAAAUGGCUCGGAGUUAGGGAAAGUCACAUUCAAGUUAUAUUUCAUCUUAAAGAUAAAAUUAAUCGCCCUACUCCCAAAUUUUUGAUCACCAGCUACGAUUGUGCAGCAAAAAUAGGUGGUGAUUUUGCUGAUAAAUUUAACAUUAUUAUAACGGAUGAGGCGCAUUAUUUGAAAAAUAAAGAUACAAAGAGGUCUAAAAGCAUAUGUCCUCUAAUUCAAAAUGCUACGCGAGCUCUUUUACUCACGGGAACGCCGGCAUUAUCAAAACCUAUUGAACUUUUUUCAUUAGCCAAUGCUCUGGACAAGACAACUUUUUCUACAUUUACACAAUAUGGUAUAAGGUAUUGUAAUGCUUCUAAAGGUGUAUACGGUUGGGAUUAUUCUGGUGCCUCAAAUUUGGAAGAGCUUCAUUGGCUUUUGGAACGUACCAUUUUGAUCCGACGCCUGAAGGCUGAUGUUGAGUUAGAAUUACCUCCUAAGACGCGUCAAAUUGUUCACAUUGAUAUUUCAGCUACUGCUAAAAGAGAAAUCCGAAAAAUGAAAAAGGAGUCUGAAGAACUUUAUGGGAUUGCAAAAAGUGCAAGCGGGCAAAUGAAAAAGGAUGCUGAAAUGAAAGGAAAAGCAUUGCUGGUGCAAAUGUGGGCCGAAACUGGUCGUUCAAAAGUUCCUGCAAUUCAAGAGUAUUUAUCUGAGAUACAUGAAAAUUCGGAAAAGAAAUUUAUUGUGUUUGGACAUCAUUUGGAAGUUCUUGACGCAAUCACUGAUUAUUUUUCGACCAAACUUAAUGCUAAAUAUAUUCGUAUCGAUGGCAACACUAAUCCGCAACAUCGUCAGGCUUUAUGUGAUCAAUUUCAAGAAGACAAAAAAACACGGAUAGCUGUUCUUUCUCUUACGGCAGCUAGUACUGGUUUAACACUUCAUGCAGCCGAUUUGGUCAUAUUUGCAGAAUUAUUUUGGAAUCCGUCCACUUUAUUACAAGCCGAAGAUCGCGCACAUAGAAUUGGACGUCGUGGUAGCGUUGAUAUCAAGUACAUGCUUGUUAAGGACACCUCAGAUACCAUUCAAUGGCAAAUAGUGCGUUCAAAACUUCGAGUCGUUGGUAAAAUGUUAGACAAUGAUUUCGGUAAAGUCACAAUGGAUGAAGGAACUUCUUUUGGUGCCGCAGUUCCCGACAUUCUUUCCUGGUUUGAACAAGCCGACGAAUCAAAUAAUCUCCCGCUUGAUGAUAAUACUGGGGCGUCACAGAAUGUAAUAGAUGUUGACAAAUCAAUUCCAAAACUGCAAGAUGAUAAUACUGAGAUAUCACGGGAUGUAAAAGAUAUCAAUCAAAAACUGUAUGACAAUAAUACUGGGAUAUCACAGGAUAUAAUAGAUAUUGACGGUUCCAUCCCAAAAUUGCAAGAUGAUGACCUCUUUAAUUGGCCGUAUGAUGACUAUGAUAAUGAUAUAUCGGUUAUAGACUUGACUGAACCAUCAUAUCCUGAUAAGAAAGAGGCUGAUUAUGAUGAAUCUAUUUGGCAAUGUUGGGAUCAGAAAGAUUACAGUACUCAUUGGCUAAAAUACACUAACUUCGGAAUUAUACCACCGGAUUAUGUCAUAUCAGAUCCAGGAUACACUGAAUAUAUUUCACGAUUUUCAAAACCUUCAUCUUCAGUGAUUUCUCCGUGCACCAUAUUUUCACGUCGAGACAAUAGCGAUAAUAAUAAUAAUAUCAAGGAUUCAAAUCUCACACCUCGCCCUUCACUCAAACGCGAAUUGGAAGAGGCUUUUCAUUCACCUUUAUCGAAAAAACCUAAACGUGAAUGA